CGGUGUCGUUCUUGGCCCGUGCAGAGGUAAAGGAGUCGGGUGCUGUAGUGGUCCCAGGUGGGACGGUCUUUGCAGAAUGUGCCCCCCGAGAAAGGCAGGGAGAAGACGAGAUGCCGCUGGAAAAGGGCUACUUCUAUAACGAGGUUAAGGGCCCGCUAUGCAUAUCCAGGGAGCCUUCCUUGUUGCCUCGUUGAAGCAAAGCCUUUUGUUCUAGGAGCUGAGGAUCCGAUGAGCUGUGGGCGAAUACAUAGAGAGGGAAGAAUGGACGAAAUCUCUCAACCAUGCUAAUUAUACUUCUGCGGAAAUGGAAUGGCAAGACUGACAAUUGUUUAUUAUGGUAUUCCUAGAUCUUUUGUGAAGUGGCAAGGAUGCUGCAGUGAGAGAGAUUCUUUGUGACUCUGCUUUAGUGUACCCACCUAAUCUGAAGUGCUUUAGUGUACCCACUUAAAAAAAAAGAUGCUGCGUUAUUGGGGUGAGAUCCCAGUUUCCUCCAGUCAAGCCAAUCGCAGCUCCUUUGACUUGCUUCAGCGAGAAUUUCGCACUGUGGAGGUCCAGGAUCCACCAUUACAUCAGCCUUCAGCCAACAAGCCCAGGCCUACCACCAUGUUGGACAUCCCUUCGGAGCCUUGUAGCGUCACCAUUCACACUAUCCAGCUCAUCCAGCACAACAGAAGGCUGCGCAACCUCAUUGCCACAGCUCAGGCACAGAACCAGCAGCAAGUAGAAGGCAUAAAGAUGGAAGAAAAUGAGCCAUUGCCAUCCUGUCCUGCCUCCCCUCCCCUCCCUGAUGACUUGCUUCCCUUGGAUAGCAAAAUACCCAAAAUGCCAUUUCAAAUGAGGCAUAGUGACCCAGAAAGUGACUUUUACAGAGGCAAAGGAGAACCAGUAACUGAGCUGAGCUGGACCUCUUGUCGUCAACUUCUCCACCAGUCCAUAGCCACUAUUUUGGCCCAUGCGGGCUUUGAGAGUGCCAAUGAGAGCGUCUUAGAGACAUUGACGGACAUUGCUCAUGAGUACUGCCUGAAGUUCACCAAGCUUUUGCGUUUUGCUGUGGACCGGGAAGCUCGGCUUGGGCAGACACCCUUCCCAGAUGUCAUGGAGCAGGUGUUCCACGAAGUGGGUAUUGAUGGUGUGCUUUCCCUGCAGAAGUUCUGGCAACACCGUAUUAAAGAUUAUCAUAGCUAUAUGCUACAGGUCAGCAAGCAGCUGUCUGAGGAAUAUGAGAAGCUCGUCAAUCCUGAAAAGGCAGCCGAAGACACCAAACCUGUCAAGAUCAAAGAAGAGCCAGUCAGUGACAUCACAUUUCCCAUGAGUGAGGAGCUGGAGGGGGAUCUAGCGUCCGGGGACCAGUCUUUACCUGUGGGGGUGCUUGGAGCUCAGAGUGAGCGUUUUUCGGCCAAUCUGGAAGCAGAAGCCUCUCCACAAACUUCAGGUGGUGAAGUGAAUACUUCACCUUUGUGGAACUUGGCGCCUGUGAAAAUGGAACCACAGGAAAGUGAGGAGGCCAACGUCCAUGGGCACCAUGGGGUCCUGGGCAGCGAUGUGUUCGAGGAGCCCAUGUCAGGCAUGAGUGAGGCAGGCAUACCGCAGAGCCCAAAUGGUUCCGAGAGCAGUUAUGGCUCCCAUUCUCCUGAUAGUUUAAUGGGAUCCUCACCAGUCUUCAACCAACGCAGCAAAAAAAAGAUGAAGAAGAUGUGAAUUUGGUGGGCAACAGCCUUCACUGGCUCAACAAAGAACUCAAAGCUGGAUAGGACUUUGCUCUGAACUGGAUACUUUUGUGUGUGUGUGUGUGCAGUUCUUUGUCUUGAUGGUUUCUCCCACUGGCUACCUGCACUCUGCUCUGAAUGUGCUCUGCACACCCUUGCCAUCUUGAUAGAUGACCAGGCAGCUUCAAAUGAAACUGGCUCUUAACUCACUCCUGCCACAAUAUAAUUGAAAGGUUUGCUUAACUGAGACUCUGUUCGAGUAAAGAAUGGCUAUUCUUGCCUAAAGCUCUCUGGGGUAGUAAUGUUUACUUCAGCUUGUUGGAAUUACAUAUGGCAAUGUGACCCAUGAGCUUUUUUAGAAACCAGAUUAGCUUCUGUUAAUGUGCCUGAUUUCUUUGCAGUAUAAGAAUGACAAUUAUGUAUUGUUGAAGGCUUUCAUGGCCGGAAUCACUGGGGUGCUGUGUGGUUUCCGGUCUGUAUGGCUGUGUUCUAGCAGCAUUCUCUCCUGAUGUUUCGCCACAGAUGCAGGCGAAACAUUAGGAGAGAAUGCUGCUAGAACACGGCCAUACAGCCUGGAAACCACACAGCACCCCAAUGACAAUUAUAUUUGACCAUUACACAAUUCUGCAAUUUAAUACCUGAUGGAGUAUUUUUAAAAGUUGAAUAAAAAACUACAAGGAACAGACAUCCAGUUUGAAUCUGUACUAGAACUCACAACGUGCCAAAAAAGUGGAAUUUGAAUGUCAAGCUCCAGGCAUACUAUUUCUGUUUGCCAAUACAAUGGUCUCAUUAUUUUUUUUGUUCCUAAUCAUAGGCUACCAAAUAAGUUUUGUCUGUAUAGUUCCAUGAAAAACAUAACCUAGUAAACCAAGAAAAAAUA